AUGACCACCGACAAGGACAUAUCAAAAGAAAACUUCAUUGAGGAUGUUCGAGGGCACACUCCUGUUGACCUUCUGGAACAACAGAACGCCGACGAAGUGUUCACUCCAAAAGAAGCCCGGGACAUUGUGCGCAAGAUCGACUGGCGACUGAUCGUGCCCCUCGGCCUGAUGCUAGGUGCCAACUUGAUAGACAGAACCAACUUGGGAAACACCUCGAUCGCCGGGAUGACAGCUGAUCUAGAGCUCAACGUCGGCAGUCGCUAUAACAUCAUCCUGCUGGUGUUUUUCGGACCGUACGUGUUGGCACAACUCCCAUGUGCCAUCAUUGUACGCAAAUGGGGACCACGAACAUAUCUUCCGCUGAUUACCCUGCUCUGGGGAAUCGUUAUGCUGUCUUUUGCCUUUGUCCGAGACUGGCGAGUCAUGAUCGCUCUCCGCGUGCUCCUCGGUGUUGUGGAAGCAGGACUGUUUCCGGGCGCUAUUUAUCUUUUGUCUUUGUGGUAUACAAGAUAUCAGGUAUACAAGCGGUACUCAUCUUUCUACCUGAUCUCAGUCAUUGGAGCCGCAUUCUCCGGAGUGCUGGCAUACGUCUUCUCUUUGAUGAAGGGCCUUGGUGGACUCGAGGCUUGGCGCUGGAUCUUCGUCAUGGAAGGCUUGAUCACGAUCAUCAUAGCAUUCAUCGGCUAUGCGAUGAUGGUAGGCGUUCCUCAGGAUUCACACAAAGCCUGGAAAUUUCUCAGCAAGGAAGAGGAAGACUACAUUCUCCGCACUCUCGAGAACGACCGUCACGAUGCGGAACAAAAUGAGGAAUUCCAAUGGGGCAAAUUCCUCAGACCAGCUACGGAUCCGAAGAUCUGGGGCUUUGGAUUUUUGUUUUUCUUCUCAACCAUUGUGGCCUACGCCAUCUCAUACUUUCUUCCCAUCAUCCUGUUGAGGCAAUUGAAAUUCGAACUCGGCGUCGCUCAGCUCCUGAGCACUCCGCCUUUCAUUUGGGCAUGCAUCCUCAUGCUCAUAGAGGCUUGGCUUGGUGACUGUUAUCAUAUUCGCGGUCCCAUUAUUAUGUGCAAUUCAAUUCAGUCCAUUGUCGGAUUAUGCCUUCUGGCCUGGACAAGCACGCCAGGUGUACAGUACCUGGGCGUCUGCUUCGUCGCCGGAGGGUGCCAUCCUAAUCUACCUGCUGUCAUCACGUGGCAAGCGAACAACGUCCGCGGUCAAUGGAAGCGGUCCUUCUGCAGUGCUUCUCUCAUCGCUAUGGGAGGCGUGGGAGGAAUUGUAGGGUCUGUCGUCUAUCGAGCUAAGGACGCACCGAGAUACUUGCCGGGAAUUUAUGCCAGCAUUGUGUGCUAUGUGCUCACACUUAUUGUCAGCGGCAUGAUGAUGUUGUAUUUCUCCCGAGUUAACAAACAGGCUGAUAAUGGACACAGGCUGAUUGAAGGAUUGGAAGGUUUCAGAUAUACACUCUAA